AGUUUGUGUUUACGCUUUAGUUUUUCGUUUUCGUGCGAGGGAAAAAAUGUAUGACAAAGGAGAUCAGGUAAGAGCCUACAGCUCCUUUAGGCCCUUGCCACCUACGGAUCUAGUGGACAUCGUUUUGAACUAUGUAGGGGAAAAGUUUCCCAUGCCCUUCGAAAACGCUGUGGACGUAGGAUGUGGACCCGGUCAGAGUACAAUCGUUCUGUCUCCAUUCUUUCGUUCCGUUCUCGGAUGUGACGUCAGUAAAGCUCAAAUACACGAAGCGAAUGUCGCCAGAAAAGCUUCAAAUAUUGAUUACAAGAUAUCUCGGGCAGAAUCUUUGCCUGUGCCAGAUGAAUCCGUGCAACUUUUAACGGCUAGCACCUGCUUCCAUUGGCUAGAUGCUAUUGCUUUCUUCAAAGAAGCCAAGCGAGUCCUGGUACCUGGUGGAACACUUGCAAUUUAUUCCAGUUACGUCAGCUAUCCAGUGGUUGGAGAAGAAGGAAAGGACUUAUACUUACGACAAAUUACAGAUAAGCUUCUGCACACUGAUUUGAAACCCUAUCGUUCGCCAGAAUCCCAAGAAGUUUUCGCUCACUACGAAAAUGUUCAUUUCCCAUUUCAUGAUGUCACCCGGGUUCAAGAUAUCGACCAGACUUACGUGGCCACGGUAGCUGAUGCGGUUGGCUACUUUCAAUCAAUGGCAACAUUCCAAAAGUUAAUUACCGCCGAUCCAGAGCUUGCUGGUAACCUGCUCCAAGAAUACCAAAACAGACUAUUGGAAACACUUGGAAGCAGCUCUCCACCAGAAAUUACUUCCCUUACCUUUCGUAGAAGCUACUUCUUGAUUUUGUGCAGAAAAAGAGACAAGGCAUCAGAAGAUGAAACUGAUUUUUAAAACUAUUUUUUCUAAUGUUUAAAUGUGUGCCACUUUUUUGUUUCCCACUAGUGUAUUAAUUUGGCUUUCUUCUUAUACAGUAAAACCUGUAAAGUUGACCACCCUUGUAAGUUGACCAGCUGCCUAAGUUGACCACUAUUUUCAGGCACAGAAUUAGGUAUAUAUCAUAUAAAUCAACUUCUAUAAGUUGACCAGCUGCCUAAGUUGACCAC